AUGACUUAUAAAAUCCUAGCAUGUCUUUUUUUGUACCCUCUCUUCGCAGUAGUUUCAAGCGAAUGUGAAACUUUGAAAAUCGCACCGCCGUUUCCCAAGCCCGAGGCCAAUUACAAAGAUGUAGAAAUCGUGAAUGGUGUAUGUGCUAGGCUUUACGUUCCCAAGUCUGCCAAUCCUAAUAAAAAACUUCCUCUCGUAGUUUACUUUCAUGGCGGAGGCUUUGGCAUGUACAGCGCCUUCUUUCCUCCCCACGAUACUUACGUUUAUUCUCUUGUUAAGAAAGCUAAUGUUGCUGCAUUGUCUGUUGACUAUAGACAAGGCCCGAAGAAUCCUCUCCCCAUUCCUUAUGAUGAUUCAUGGGAAGCAAUCAAGUGGGUUGCUUCUCACUCUGCCGGACAUGGUCAUGAGGAAUGGCUAAAUAACUAUGUUGAUUUUAAACGAAUUUUCUACUCUGGAGAUAGUGCAGGUGCUAACAUUGCAUACAACAUGGUCAUGAGAGCAGGUUCAGAGAAAUUAGAUGGUCUCAAUGUUAAUGGAAUUGCUCUAAUCCACCCAUAUUUUUGGGGAAGCAAACCAAUUGGAACUCAUGAAUCCAGCGAUGCUACUUCGAGAUUAGAAGCAGACAAUAUUUGGUUGAUUAAUUCACGAAAUGCAUUUGGAUUGGAUGAUCCAAGACUUAACCCACUUGUGGAUCCAAAGUUGUCCACCCUUGGAUGUAGCAAGGUUCUAGUUUUAAUAGCUGAGCAAGAUAUAUACAGAGAUAGGGGUUUCUAUUACUAUGAGGCAUUGCGUACAAAUGGUUGGAAAGGAAAUGUGGAAAUUAUGGAGACUCCAGGGACUCAUGUCUUUCAAUUGAACUUUCCAGAUUCAAAAUAUGCUCAAGAAAUGCUUGAACGAAUAUCUUCUUUUGUGAACAAACCCUAG